AUGGCGAGCACGCAGAUUGACAAACAUGACGUAGAAAUCAGGGCAGAGAAGGUGCUAUUCGACUGGCCUGGUACCGUACAAGGCGUCCGAAGCCCGUUGUGCGCAGGUCGAGAGGGCGGUCAAGGCGGCGCGGUGCAUGAGAUCCUUGGCGAAGGCCCGGGGAUGGACGUUCAAGUCAGCGUUCGGCCCGUCGUCCCGAUUGAUCCAUGCGACGAUGUCGCGACUGGUAGUAAGCUGUGGCUUGACGAGAGGCAGGAAGAGUGGAUGCUAGAGUGCCCAAAGGGCGAGAUCCCCAGCAGAGACGAGAAGAGCGGGGCAAGAGAGGGACUUGGUCAGAUACACUGA